AUGUUUUAUAGGAUUGGCAGUAUAACACAUAUUUUUAAAAUGAUGUUCCUCUUCCUAGAAGAUCUUUCUUCCCUUUGCCGUCUGUUCAAUAUACCUGAUCUUUCAGGAUCCAAUGCCAGUGAGACCUCUUCUGUGAUUGCUUUUCCUCCAAUCCCAGCCAGAUUCAUAGGCUUCUUCCUUUCUGCUUCUGUAAGACCUUGCAUAUACAUUGAGCAUGGCACUCAAGCAAUUGAAAUCCUUUCUGCAUGUUUGAAAAUGAGCUCCUCAAAGCAGCUUCCCCAUCAUUUUCCUCAUCACAUGAAUUGCACUUAA